AUGGAACAUGAGCAAAGAAGUGAUUCAAGUAAUGAAGAGCAGCAACAGCAACAGUACAAGUCGUUUGUUUCGGCAACAAAACACAGCGAUUUGGUUGAUGAGCUGACCGAAGCGGCCAAGAAAGCAGUGGCAGAUUUGGAUUCAGAUUCGGCUUCGAGCACUGCUGGUGGUGGAGGGCGUGCUAAAUCAAUCGCACGGAAGUAUGACCGUUUAUUUCAUGGUUGCAUUUGUUGA